UUGUAGAUAUGUUGAGUAUGACAUAAUAAAGUCUUUUCUUGUUGAAAUAAGUGAGUAUUGAGUGCGCUGUUUUCUUGUUGAAAGAAUAUUGAAUCUACGAUUGUAACUCGUAAGUCGUAUAUGUUACAAUGCCUGCUGGUGAUCACUGUGCUGUAUGGGGCUGUGAUAAUGAUCGUAGGUACCCAGAAAACAAAUAGUGCUGCCACAUGUCGGUGUUUUACGAUUCUAUUGACCUUUGUCUAAGCAAGAUAUUUCCUCUUGGGACAAAGCAAUACAUAGAGAUAAUUUCAAAGUGACUUCCAGCACUAAAGUAUGCAGCAAUCACUUCUCGGCUGGUUACAGACAUAGUGAACGUCGAACACCAACACUCUACCUGAAGGGCUACGAGGAGCAAAGUACGAUCCCAAGCAGGCCUCCUCCAAAAUACAGGGCAUUAAGUAACAAGAAGAAAAAGCAAAAAAUCGAGCCAGUCAAAGAAUCUCCCAAAAAGAUGAAAUUUUCUGACAAUCAGGCAAAGUCUUUUUGUGAAGAGGGAGAUGUGUCUACAACACAAACUAGCACGAUUGAUCAUCAAUCGCAAAAAGGAAAUUACUUUAUUGAGCAAGCGACUUGUGUAAAAAACUGUUACCGAUAUACCGGAAUAAGUCGCCCUAAACUUGAUUUGGUAUUUUCUACUAUAAAAGAAAAAGCCAAUUCAAUCAACUAUUGGAGGGGAAGUGUAGACACAAUUAAGCCAAAGGAAAAUAAAAAAAGGAAAGAAAAAUCAAAUGAAAAGCGAGUUCUAACAAAAUGGGAAGAAUUUAUUCUUACAUUGGUGAGAUUGCGGAAAGGUUUUGAUGUACGUUUUCUAGCAGACACCUUCAGCAUAAAUGCAGGACAAGUGUCUAGAAUAUUUAACACUUGGGUUAUUUUCCUGUCUGAAGAAUUGUCAUUUUUAGUUCCCUGGCUAAGCAGGUCUCAGAUUGAAAAAAAUCUGCCUAAGCGUUUUAAGAAAUUUCAAAAUGCUAGGGUUAUUAUAGAUUGUGUGGAGUUAUAUCUUCAAAAGCCAUCAUUGCCAACAAGCCAAAAAAUCACUUGGAGUAACUAUAAACACUGGAACACUGCAAAACUGCUUAUUGGCAUUACACCGUCAGGUAUCAUUUCCUUCAUCCCACCACUUUGGACAGGCUGCAUAAGCGACAAAGAAAUUGUACGAAAUAGUGGAUUAAUUGGCUUACUUGAUGAAGGAGAUGCUGUUAUGGCUGACAAGGGAUUUUUAAUUCGCGACAUUCUUACAUUUAAGAAAGUUCAUUUGAUUUCCCCAGCCUAUUGCAUAGGGGCCAGAUUAUCAUCUAGGGGUACUACGCAUACCCGAAGAGUUGCUUCCCUGCGAACACAUGUAGAGAGAUACAUAUUAUCACUCAAACACUUCCGGAUUAUUUCUGGAGUUAUUCCAAUUGUCCUCAAGCCUAUACUUGAUAGGAUUGAGUUUUUGUGUGCUGCUCUUUCAAACCUCAGAACAAGGAGCAUUAAAAAGUAG